ACGGGGAAGGGGAGGAGGAUAAGGUGAAGCCACUGGUUCUCUGUGUCGUUGAAUUUCAAUUUUCAACACAGAAAUCGGACAAUGUCUACUUCUUCACUUUCCUUCCUUCAUUGUGCAUUAGCUUCUUCCCACCAAUCAUGGAUGGGCCCCAAGUUAAUGGCAUCUCCCGCUUCCAUUUCGAGGCCAUUCUCGAACCCCUGUUCUUCGUCGUCUCUUGUGGUGGAAGCCAAGACCAGGACCAGAGGAGAGGAUAGGACUGCCCGCCAUAUUCGAGUCAGAAAGAAGGUCGAAGGAACACCCGAAAGACCAAGAUUGUCUGUCUUCCGGUCCAACAAGCAUCUCUACGUCCAGGUGAUUGAUGACACUAAGAUGCACACACUUGCAUCAGCUUCAACGAUGCAGAAGCCAGUUUCUGAAGAGUUUAAUUACACCUCUGGUCCCACAAUUGAAGUAGCCAAGAGGGUUGGUGAACUCAUUGCAAAGUCCUGUCUGGAGAAGGGAAUCACAAAGGUGGCUUUUGACCGAGGUGGUUACCCGUACCAUGGCCGUGUCCAAGCAAUUGCUGAUGCAGCCCGGGAACAUGGCCUGGAGUUCUAAAUUAGUAGCUCCCUACCUUGUUUCAUGUUUAAGUUUGUAAACUGAGUUCAUCAAUUUUUUUUGUAACUCAUGCUCUCUUUUCUGGUACUAGCUUCAAUGAUUCCAUUGCUUUUAUUCAUCUAGUCAAUACCUUUAUCAGUUGAAGAAUUUGUCUUUACUGGUAGCGUAUCAUGAGAAUGCGUGCUAAAGUUAUAUCAAACUCUACAGUUGAAGACAAUUAAAGGAACUGUGUCCUUUAGAAA